GGGACUUUGACGUCAGCUGGAGGCAGAGUCUGUGGCUGAGUCCACAUAGUCAAAGGCCUGGGAGAAUCUGGUGGAUGCUGGCUGCUGCCGCCUCUGCUGCUGCUGCUGCUGCUGCUCCUCACGCCGCUCCCACUGCCUGCCGCUGCCGCCGCUGCCUCCCGGGGCUGCAGAGCAUGGACUGUUAGAGCUUGCACUUCUUCCGUGUGAGAUCCUGCAAUCUCCUUGACACUCUCUUCUGUCCCAUUUCCAGUGCUCCAAGACCAGGGAAUUCCUCUCGGUCAGGAUUCUUAUGCGUUCUCCAUGACAAGAACAGCAGAAGCCUCGUCCAUCUGCUCAUGAUCUUCUCUCCGGCUGCUUGAAUCCUACUCCUGGGCUGCUGGGUCUUCUAUCAGUGCUCAUCUGCGCCCCCUUCAGUCCGCCGGCCAGCGUUAUCCCAAGUCCUGUGAAUCUCCAGCUGACUGCCUGCCGCCAGGAUGGGGAAACAGAACAGCAAGCUGCGCCCGGAGGUCAUGCAGGACUUGCUGGAGAGCACGGACUUCACGGAGCACGAGAUUCAGGAGUGGUACAAAGGCUUCUUGAGAGACUGCCCCAGCGGACAUUUGUCGAUGGAAGAAUUUAAGAAAAUUUACGGGAACUUUUUCCCUUACGGGGAUGCUUCCAAGUUUGCAGAGCACGUCUUCCGCACCUUCGAUGCCAAUGGAGAUGGGACAAUAGACUUCAGAGAGUUCAUCAUAGCCCUGAGUGUGACAUCGAGGGGCAAGCUGGAGCAGAAGCUGAAAUGGGCCUUCAGCAUGUAUGACCUGGAUGGAAACGGCUACAUCAGCAAGGCAGAAAUGCUAGAGAUUGUGCAGGCGAUCUACAAGAUGGUCUCCUCCGUCAUGAAGAUGCCUGAAGAUGAGUCAACCCCGGAGAAGAGGACGGAAAAGAUCUUCCGCCAGAUGGACACCAACAGAGAUGGCAAGCUCUCCCUGGAGGAGUUCAUCCGAGGGGCCAAGAGCGACCCGUCCAUCGUGCGCCUCCUGCAGUGCGACCCCAGCAGCGCCGGCCAGUUCUGAGCCCGCGCCCAUGAAUCGUAGAGCUGCUUGUGUUGUUCCCUUUUGAUUUUUCUUUUUAACAAUUUUUUUUUUCUUUGCCAAACAAUAUUGAUGGUGAUGCUGUCCCCCCCGCAGUCAGAGGCACCUCCCUCCAUGCUGCUUUCCGCUUCUUUCAUCGUGGACGCUUCGUGGAAAUGCCCAGAGCCCCAACGCCUCGGGGAGCGCAUGGACCGUGCUGUCGUGCACAGACUUUGUGGUGUUCGUUGCUCUGACGACUUUCAUUGUUUUUAUGAUUAUUUCCUCUUGGUUCUAACGUCUCUGUUCCAAAACCGAAGAUGCGGGGAGGCAGGAGAAGGGAACCCCAUCUGGCGCAAGCUUUGAGGGGCUUGAUUGGAAAACAAACUCCCCCAUCCACCCCCCGUCUGUUGUCACACAUGCCCCAAGGGGUGAUGGCACCAGAUGUGGGGUCCCCCGCCUGGGAAUGAGGAGCCUUCUAGGGCCAGGCUGUUAAAGGGGCCUGGGGAAUUCCCCCCACAGGCCUGCUUCCACCCACCCCCUCCUUUCCAGCAGGCUGUAGUUUCUAAGCUGUGAACAUUUCAAGAUAAAGUAAUAGUGGAGAGAAAAAGAUGGCUCAGCUAUUUCUUCACAGGUUUACACGAGUUGAGCUAAGAUGAGUUUCUUUGGAAAGUGAUCACAAAUGGUAACUUGUAUCCCAAGACCAGACCCAUCUUGUUGCUUCUUGUGAUUUAAAACAAAAACAAACAAACAAAAAAACAAAAGAAGAAUGCUGUAUAUAAAAUAUUGGGUAUUGCAGACCAAAUUAAGUGUUUCGCCUUGUUUCAAUGAAAUGCAUGUUUAGUGAGCACUAAUCCAAUCUUAUUACAAAAGACUGUUUCUGGUAGCUUAUUGUGAAGUAAGCCAAUUAUAAUGAAUGUCUAUGUCUUGUUUUAAAGUCAUAUCUGUCUUUGCACCAAUGCACCAAUCAGCAGGUAUAUUUUAUAUAUUCCAGAACAGUACCGAGUCAUCCUGAACUAGCCCAACCUUAAUGUUGAAUGUUUUUCCAGAGUAGCAGUGCCUGGAGAAUAGAAGCAGGGCAGGCCGAAGUGGGGACCCGCAAAUGGAGCGCCAGACUGUUUACCUUAUGAGAGAUGUGAGGUGACGGGUGGCCCCCCAGCCCAGCAUCUGGUUGGCAGUAUCACAUUGGAGGUGUCUGAGCAGAUGGACAUUCUGUAGACCCGGGAGAAAUGUAGUAUAAAUUCUCAGGACUUCCCACUGGUUUGGUCCUCAUGAAUGGUUAGGGAGUCGUGUCUGGGAAGAUGACUUUCCAUGCCCCAACUGGCCCUACGGAGUCAGGGGGCGGGGGGACAAUCAUCUGAUUCCUAAUGAAGAAGGCACGGGCAAGUGCAUCUGUGAUUUUCAAGGCCCACGAUGGAGAAUCCAAAGGUGUUUUCCAUCGCCGUGUUCUUUGAAUGAAGGUUUCUAUUUCCAGAAGCGACAGCACAAAUUUGAGCUGCUAGUUUGGUGACCUCGGGCCCACUAGUUUGAAUUGAAAGUUAAGAGUGAAAUUUGCUGAUGACAGGGGAGCCAUAUUUCAAUAAGCAGGAGGCAUGAGGAAACCCAAAUGGUAGAGGGGGAAACCUACCCCAAGAAAAGGCAGAAGGCCCCCAGUGGGUCUGUCUCCUGCCUUGCUGUUUCCUGAGGACCACAGAAAGGGAGACAUCAUAGCCGUGAGGAAGAUGAUGCUGAGCCCUUUCUCACCUCCAGAUUCUUGUGUAUUUACUUGAAUCCACCUUAACCGGUAGCAAAAAUCCAAAUUUGUGUGGUUGACCAACAUGAACCUAUUUUGCAGGAUGAAAUUUGAGACGUGGACUCCGUAAAAUCAUUUUAAUCCUCCUCCGAGUGUGAGUUUCUCACAAUUGUUUUACACGGAGACUUGCCAAGUUCCUCCAUGGCCCGGGUGGGAAAAUCUAGUUUUGGAAAAAUAGGAGAUUAACCUAAGACGUGAGUACAGAGUGAGGGAGGGGACCAAGCACCUCUAUCAGUAGUGUCCAGGAGGCACACCUCACUCUCUCCCCACCUUGACUGAAGACCAAAAUCCUCCUUUGAGUUCUCCUUAGAGCGUGGAGCGAGCUCAUGUCUGGGAAACCCACCUGGGCUCUGUCCUUGGUCGUGAUAUCUUGCUGAACCAAACUCACUUUGUUUCCUAGAACCCGAAGCCGGAAUGAGGAGCAGGGAAGAGGGUCUCCAGCUGUUUAGGAAAGAAAACAAGAGCCAGACGCACGGCUAAUGAACGCCGACACGCUGGGGACAUACAGAAAUAGUCCUCAUCCUGGCCUGCCAUUGACCCUGUCUGUAUUUUCUCGAGGGUUGUUUUUCUUCUCCUCCUUCCUGGGAAGGCCUUUGCAGGACGAAUGCAAUGCACUCGUUUUGGCCAAGGGACCCUGCAGCACUCAGAAAGUGGGAUGCCUGAAGGUUUAUGUCACUCCUGCGCCGGGCUGUUCAUUGUCAUUGCUGUGUUGAGGGAUGGAUUCUGCUCUGUCUGAAAUCAAGCCAGCCUGUGAUAUUCAAGGGACUGGAAUAAAGUGGUUUAUAAAUUGAA